UGGCGCUUCUCCACUGACUGGUUUACAAAAGGAGAGCAAAGGUUUAUUUUGAAUGUGUUUUGGAUCAUGCUGAACGAUGAUGAUACCACAGAAACUUUUUAAUUCGAUUGAGCACGUGUCGAUCACGUACCUCAUUUAUGCAGCAUGGACAUAAAUAAAUAAACUUGUUGAAACUCGAUUAGGACCUCACGUCCUGCCAAAAAUGCACUAUCAUCGCAUGCAAAGGGCAAGCUGACAGCAUGUGUGCGAGGAAAAAUGGUGGUGGUCGAGUAGAAAGCGGGUAGAAAUGGGACUUUGAAAAAUCCGGCAAAAAUUUGAUCAUGAUUCGGAACUUAUCACGUUUUCCUUUUCGGGUUUUGUCAUUAACGAAGAAAACUCGAGGGACAAAGAUUUGUGGAGGAUCUUUGUUACAACAUCGACAUGUACACAACGAAAGAAUGGUUAAAGUGCCGGACUUUUCACAGGAGUUUAAGGGACAGGACAAUUCAUUCCCUUGCCUGACGGAACAAUCCCCUCGAUCAAGCCAUUUUGGUGCAGAGCCAAUGUAUUCUAAAGUAAAUUCAGGCUAUAAGACAUUCUUGAAUGAUGAACCAUUUCACUUUAAGUAGAAUGAUGGUGUCAUACCACAGUUACAAGUAGCAUACGAAACAUGGGGUGAAUUGAAUGAGGCAAAGGACAAUGUUGUUCUCUUGUGUACUGGCUUGUCUGCCUCAUCACAUGCUAAAAGUCAUCUGGAUAAUCCAACACCUGGCUGGUGGGAGAACUUUGUUGGUCCUGGCUGUGCUUUGGACACUGAUAAGUUUUUCAUCAUUUGCUGUAACAAUUUGGGAGGAUGUUAUGGCUCAAGUGGGCCUUCAUCAAUAAAUCCACUGACUAAUAAGCCUUAUGCUACAACAUUUCCCAUAGUCAGUGUGGAUGAUAUGGUCCAUGCAUUCUUUCUCACACUGGAUUCUCUGGGUAUCCAAAAGGUUCAUGCUGUAGUUGGUGCAUCUUUAGGAGGCAUGUCCUCGCUCAUGUCUGCUGCUCUGUACCCAGACAGAGUAGGGAGGGUGGUGUCAAUCUCUGCUUGUGCCCAGUCUCACCCAGCAUCCAUAGCUCUCCGUUAUGUUCAACGCAGAGUUCUCAUGAGUGAUCCUAACUGGAACAAAGGCUUCUAUUAUGAUGGACCCUACCCUAGGCUAGGAAUGAAGCAUGCUCGGGAAGUAGCCACCAUCACGUACCGCAGUGGCCCUGAAUGGGAGCAAAGGUUUGGGCGGAAACGCAUUGAUGCUGAAGUGUCUCCAAACCUUUGUCCUGAGUUUGAGAUUGAAAGCUACCUUGAUUAUCAGGGAGACAGUUUUUGUUUCAAGUAUGAUCCCAACUCGCUUCUUUACAUAUCAAAGGCAAUGGACCUGUUUGACCUGGGAGAAGGCUUCAGUUCACUUGUGGAAGGUGUAGCACGUGUUCAGUGCCCCACCCUUGUGUUGGGUGUGCAAUCAGACGUGCUUUUUCCAGUUACUCAGCAGAGAGAAAUUGAGAGACUCCUGAAGGAAGCUGAAAACCAUAAAGUGACCUAUUAUGAACUACCUUCUAUAUAUGGUCAUGAUACAUUUCUGUUAGAUGUUGUGGCUGUUGGCGCAGCAGUGAAGGGACAUAUCGAGACAGACCUGAAGAUUCACGGGAAAGGGAACAUUUCACCAGUGAAAAAAAGCAAGAAUUUUUGACGACAACGAAGUGUCUCAUGUGACAUCACCACCUUCCCGUCAUGCUUUGUACAUUUCUUGACUGUCACCAACGGUUUUACUGAUAGUACAACUAUCAUUUGUUUCCAAUGCGCAAACUAACGCAACACUGAUUUUUUAAUUUUAAGGAUCAAAUUGCUAGGGUUAGAGCUAUCUCAGUUAAAAAUUAGUGCCGCUAAGUAGUAGACAACCAAAUUUUCUUAGUUAACUUAUUCUAAUUAUUUAUUUAGUAAGAUAUCGGGUUUACAGAAACAAGUUCUAUUAUGUUUUAUGGUCGAAAUUUUGACAAGAAGUGAUAUUUGAAAUAAUUCUUAAUUGACCUAUGGAUGAAAAGUUGAUGAACGGAUAAUCACAGGUAAAUUAACAAUUACCGUCGAAUGCGCCCAUACAGGUCAGUGGGCCUUAUUACCCAGUGGACUAACAGAGAAUGAGUCAGGAAAAUACGUCAAGAUAGCUUCUGAGAUUGAGACGACGAAAAAUCCCACCAUUAGAAAUGGUGAAAAAUGAAAGUAAUACAGUGUAUGUUCAAAUUUUUCAAGAUAUCUUUAUGUACUGACUUUAGUUCGGUUUAACUCAUGUUGUGUACAAGGAAUUGCACGUGAAGGGUAAAGUCAUUAGUAGAAAAUGCCAACGCACGUGGGACUUGCUUGGAAAAUUGACUAUUAGUAGAGAUCGCAGUAGCAUUUGGUCCAUGCGAAAUUUUUCCAGUAAGGUACGAUUUCGAAAUAAGUGAAGGUUGUUUCCUGGAAAAUGUCUUGUAGUGCGGCAAGGCCGCAGUGACAAGUUAGUAAAUAAAUAAUGAAAAGUUCUAAAGUCAAAGAAACGGAUAUUUAACAAAGCAGUUGAAGCAGAAAAUAAAGAUGAUAUGGGGAUCUCUUCAA